UGGUUAGUAUAACCUCGAUCACAGCGCAGAAGCCACCGGAAACGCACGCAUGGGUCUUUUCCUUUUCCGCUAAGCUUUCAUGUCGGGAGCAUUGUAGCCGUUCAAAGGUUCAACAUGUUGAUGCCUAAGAAGAAUCGCGUGGCUAUCUACGAAUACCUCUUUAAGGAAGGUGUCCUUGUGGCCAAGAAGGACUUCCACGCGCCCAAGCACCCCGAGCUGGAGGCCAUCCCGAACCUCCAAGUAAUCAAGGCGCUGCAGUCCCUUAAGUCGCGCGGCUAUGUGAAGGAGCAGUUCGCAUGGCGCCACUACUACUGGUACCUCACCAAUGAGGGCAUCCAGUAUCUGAGGGACUUCUUGCACCUGCCACCAGAGAUUGUGCCCGCCACAUUGAAGAAGCAGUCUCGCCAGGAGGCACCAAGCCGAAGGCCAAAGAUGACGCAAGACAUGCAGAGUAAAACAACAGACGACCGCAGUGACUACAGGAGGGCACCCGGUCUGGACAAGAAGGGUGACGUCGGACCAGGAACAGACACCAACUUUGACUUCCGGGGUGGCUUUGGACGUGGCCGUGGAGCUCCACAGUAAAGCACUUCAAUGCCCGUCUAGGAGCUUGUGAAUAAAAUAAAACUUGCUUCAGACAAA